UGGCGUCCGGGCGCGCUGGGCGUCUGCGGGCGUCCAGUGCUGGGUCCCGGGCCGGAGCCGGAAGAUCGGCGGCACGCCGGAGCUGGGAGCCCGGGCCAGCGAGGCCGCUCGCUGCCUUGCGCUCGCAGCGGCGGCGGCAGGCUCCGGCCAGGCCCGCGGACAGAGGGGGCGCGGCCCCGUGGUGGGCGCGCUCGGCCGGGCCCGGGCCCGGGCCCGCGCUCCGCCGGCGCGAUGCUCUUCUCGCUGCGGGAACUGGUGCAGUGGCUGGGUUUCGCCACCUUCGAGAUCUUUGUGCACCUGUUAGCCCUGUUGGUGUUCUCCGUGCUGCUGGCACUGCGAGUGGAUGGCCUGGCUCCGGGCCUCUCCUGGUGGAACGUGUUCGUGCCCUUCUUUGCGGCUGACGGGCUCAGCACCUACUUCACCACCAUCGUGUCCGUGCGCCUCUUCCAAGACGGGGAGAAGCGGCUGGCUGUGUUGCGCCUCUUCUGGGUUCUCACGGUACUUAGCCUCAAGUUCGUCUUUGAGAUGCUGCUGUGCCAGAAGCUGGUGGAGCAGACUCGAGAGCUCUGGUUUGGCUUGAUCACGUCUCCAGUCUUCAUUCUCCUGCAGCUGCUCAUGAUCCGCGCCUGUCGCGUCAACUAGCCUCGCUCAGGGGCGGGAGAGGCAGCGGUGCACCUCUGGAGCUCUGAAGCGCCGGACCUCCAGCCCAGGCCCGGCUUGCGCCACACCGAAGGAGAUGACUCCAUCUGAAGGUGGUGCCUGCUUGUGCCCAGCUGACUGCCCAGCUUUCUCUGUGCCAGUCAUGUCUGAGAUUGUUUCCUCAGCAGGGCUUGAAAGAGCAGCCUUGAUCCUUGAAAUGUAUUUGCUGUUAUUCAUGCUUUGAAUAGCUAAUCCUGAAUUGAGGUUCUGAGGGCCUCAGGCCAGACAGUCUUGAACUCUGACAUUGGAAACUGCGUGUUGGUAAAAUAUUCCAGUGGGCCCUGAGUAUUUCCCAUGGAUCUUAGGGAUGUACUCCUUUACAAAGUCAAUAAAGCUGGACUCAGGGAUUUUUUGUCUAGCCAGCAGCAUUGACCUAAUUGCUUACUAGUCCAUCCAUCCAGGCGCCUUCCUUAGGUGACUGAGAUCUGAAAAUGUAAGGUUGUUUCUAUCUCCUCUCCUAUGCCAUGGGGGGAAUGGCCCUUUCUUUAUUCUAGCCAGGCAGAGACAGGUGAAUGUCGAAUAAGAGCAUGGUUAGGACCUUAUCUGGAUAGAUGCUACCUGAGGAAAGAAAUCUGGUGUCAAGGCCUUGCUUGACUUCCUAUCUCAGCAUACUGUAGUUUCUCCAGCUUUUCUAACACCUUGUGACAGGCACCUUUAGUGCAUCUGAGACAGAUUUAGGCCUCCCUAAGGAACCAAAGCCAGAACAGCUGCUCUGAUGCUCAUGGGCAUGGAGACCUACAAAGGGAAGCUUUGAACAACCCAGGUUUGUUGACAUGAGGUUUUUGGUUUCAUGCCAGUUAGAUGCCAAAUGAGAAUAUUUGCUGAGAUGAAAAUAAAAUAAGAGAAUGUUU